GGCUUUUUCGAAGCUCUCGCUGAUACCUGGCCUCCCUUGCUGACCUACAAUCCAGCGCGCGCUGGACAUCCCCAACGACAGAACAGCGCUUCUGCCUAUAUUUGCACCCGACUCGGACUCACUGUCAUGCCGGUUAGCCCUUGGUCACUUUGCACUGGCUUGGUUUAUUUACACAGCUCUCUUUUGCGAUAGUCCUGUCCCUGCUACUCGCCGUCACGAUGACGACCGGCCCUAUCCAUACCUACGGCCCAUCAUGUUUACUCGCGGAAGACGACCCCGAUCUCUCUGCCUGGCUUUCUUCCGAUAAACCACCUAGCGUUCGACCGCAGUUCUUUUACACGUCCACCCUUGCAAUCGACGAUCCGUUGGCUGCUCUUCCCCCUCCAACUAGCGGUCAAGGUUCGGGCAAUGAGUGGGCUCCGCUCCAGCCUUUCUCAGUCAGGGAUAAUGCGGCCCUAGAAGAUUCUUGGAAACAAUUGCAGCAGACCAUAAGAAAAGAGCUCGAUGGGAAAUACAAACCUCAAAGUGGUACUUCGUCAACUAGGAAUUCGGGCAUCGAUGUACCAGGCCGGGGGUUUUCUGUGGAUCCGGGGAAAUUGAAACAAAAGGGACUACAUGACACAAGCUUGGCUGGUAGCCAGAAGAGCUCUACCGGUGGCCCUUCACGCUCCUUGGAUGACCAAUUACCUCCCAGCUCUCAAAUACGGUCCAGAAUCGAAGCUAGUAAGGCUGGCGUAAACAAAGGGCCUCGAGAAAGGUCACGCACACUUGGCAGUAGCUUAGAUGGCGGUCCUACAGCUGGCACAGGUUUACGGCGCAAACUGGAGCCGCCUUUCAACGACAAGUCCGGAUCGGUAGAAACCAAGGCUAAUGAAGUACUAACAAGUGACGAUGCAGGAGCUGAUGGCGCAGAAAGCACCAGUCCGCGAAGCUAUCCUUCGCGCGAUGUGAGCAUCAGCGGUUCCCCUUUUGCCAGAGCUCCAGUCUCUCCCAGACACAGCCCAUUAGGCCGGUCUGUAGAAUCUAUAUCGUCGAGAGAUGGGAACCAAGAUUCCUUGAUCGACCCACCCACUCAAUCUGCACCGAAACCAUCGGGAUUACGGAGGACGAUUCGACAGGCCUCUCCCGACGAGGAGGAUGGUGAAAUUGGAGAAGCCGACCCGGUUGAGGAGCCGCGGCACAAAGUCCCCGUAGGUGCAUCUCGGCUUCAUCUGGUCGAAUUACCAAGUCUCAAGAUGAAACCGAUUUACUGGAGCCCCCUACAUGAUAUUUCGAGCGUAUUUCGUGCGACUUGGUUCUACAAGAAUACUAUGCUACCCGUGGAGACCGAACUCGCCAAUAGAUUGGAAGAUGGCUACAACUACCUGAAGCCAUGGACCGAAACAUGGCAAGAUGAACUUAAUAGCUGCGUUGAGAAUGGUGCCGAUGCCGAAUUGAAGAUCGUACACAAGCUCUGGCCGAAAGAGAAUACAACUAGACCGCCUACAGCUGUGGCUGCUCCAGGUUCUGAAACUCGAAGCUCCACCGCUCGUCUGUCGAACGAAGACAAGCGCAAAAGACCUGAAAUCAUGCCGUUAGAUCUCAACCGAGCUGCGGGUAGUACAUCCGCGCAGUCCGACACUGUCAAGCCGUUCUUGAAUUCUAGCGUCAUCUACGCUGACGCGAGAAACGCACAGAUUCUCCGGCCCAGCCUUCUUCCAUCUGUGUCAAGGGGACGCAAGCCGCUCAGUGCGAUCCGUAAAGGGAGACAGAUUGGUAUUCCUGUGAUUCGUGGCUUCAGUAGACGAUUAUGGGACCGACUACACCCAAGCAAACCCAGUCCAGUAGACGUGAGGAACUACCUGCGCAGCACCCAAUCUCGAGCGAUGUCGACGACAUCCAUUGAGCCCAUAUGCUAUGCAUGUGCGAUAGAGGAAUUGCGGCCUGCUCCCACAGACUUGGUGCUAGUCAUACACGGUAUUGGCCAGAAACUGUCGGAACGGAUGGAGAGCUUUCAUUUUACCCAUGCUAUCAAUGCCUUUCGAAGGCAAAUUAACGUGGAAUUAAACAGCGAACCCGUCUGGCCACAUGUGCGCCCAGGCCAUGGAGGCAUUAUGGCUCUUCCUGUCAAUUGGCGCUCUACCUUGUCCUUAGAUGAAGCCAACCUGGAGUCUCCAGCAGGGGAAGAUCCUGCUGCGAACCACUAUUCUCUAGACGAUAUCACGCCGCAGACGAUACCGGCUGUCAGAUCAUUGAUCAGCGAUGUCAUGCUGGACAUCCCGUACUAUUUGUCUCAUCACAAGCCUAAGAUGAUACGAGCAGUAGUCAAAGAAGCUAACCGCAUCUUUCGGCUUUGGUGUGAGAACAACCCAGGAUUCCAGCAGAACGGGCGAGUACAUCUGCUUGCACAUUCCCUGGGGAGCGCCAUGGCCUUGGACAUUCUCACUCAUCAGCCAACGAAGAUCCCAACCUUCAACUUUUCCAAAACCGAAGUUCACGGAGACAUUUUCGAAUUUGAUACGAAGAACCUAUUUAUAUGUGGCAGUCCGGCCGGUUUCUUCCUCCUUCUCAACAAAGCGAACCUGUUACCUCGACGAGGACGAGACAAACCCGGCUGUGAAGGCGACGACCGCCUCCGAGGCGUAGCAGGUGAAGCAGACACAUACGGCUGUCUAGCCGUCGACAAUCUGUACAACAUCAUGCACACCACCGAUCCAAUCGCCUACCACGUCAACGCCGCCGUUGACAGCGGCCUCGCCAGAUCCCUCCGACCCGCCUCCAUCCCAACCUCCGCCGCAUCCUUUUGGCAAUCCGUAGGCAGCGUAUUCCGCUGGAGCACUCCCCCAGCUCUACUCUCGUCAACCACCACCGUCCCCACCCGCCCAGCAACCCUCAACAAACUCCCCACCAACGUCGAAUUAGAAACCCACGACUUCACACACGAAGAAAUUGCCGAAAAAAGGAUGUUCCUCCUUAACGACAACGGCCAGAUCGACUACUUCCUCUCUGGCGGCGGCGGGCCCUUGAACAUCCAGUACCUGAACAUGCUCAGCGCGCAUAGCAGCUACUGGACCCUGACUGACUUCGUGCGCUUUAUCGUCAUCGAAGUUGCUCGCAAACAGGGCAGAGAAUAUACCCUGCCUGUGCUGAGGGCGGCGAAGAAGAAGGGGUGGAAGAUACACAAAGGCUGAUGCGGUGGCCUGGCCUAUGCACUUACGAAGUUUUGCAUGAAUUGCGCUUUGUUCUUCUAUCUAUUCAUCCUUGUCUAAGCCUACUGAGUCAUGUUUGGUUAGCAUGUGCGACUGGUCCUGGGAAUCUUGUGGUGCAGAUACUGAUCUAAUACUUGUUUUCUUUGGUGGUAGCGAUACCCUUGUUUUGGAGUUCAGAGUGCGAUAUGAUACAAUAACUUCAGAUCAUGUUUUGCAUAGAAUUUUGUACUCUUGCACAUUUGGGGCAAAUAAUGAAGAAAAUACAUUACGCG